AUGUCGCACGAUAAUCGCGGAGCUAAGCGGAGAAAGAUUGACACUCCGCAAGAGUCGAGCGAAUCAUCCAUAACAUCACAUACGCAGCUACGCGCCCUCUUGGUGUUCCAACAAAACCCCGUAGAAGCAAAGCAGGGCGUACGCAAAUUUAAAGAGUUCCUCAACUCAAUAAGCCAAACAGAAGACGAGGGCGAGAAGGCCAAAAAACUCCGCAUCCUCAAGGCCUACUGCGACUCUCAAAUCUCCCCCAGCAAUGAAGAAGCAAUCUGCUUCCCAGACCUGAUCCAGACAUGGAAUUUCGCAGACAGCAAUAAUACUGAAGCAUUACUGACCAAUGUCCCCUCUGUGCUUGCGCUCUUCAUCAAAACCGUCUCGAGCCAUCUCGAAUUCCGGGAGUUCGGAAUCGCCCUGUGCAAGCAUCUGCUGGCAAAGGACCAGCUUCGGCUCUUUAAUCGCGGGCUGACUGCGAAUAAAGUUAAGGAGCACCUGGUCUCGCCGUGUCUGCGUCUUUUGACGGAGAUUGUCAGUUUCGAUGGCGGGGCUCUUGCUCGACAGCUUUAUCUUGUGCGGCAUAUUACAUUCAAGCGCAUUGAUGUCUUCCUGACGCCGAAUAAGGCGCAGCUGGAAGAGGCGGCUGAGGAUUCAGGGGCAUCGACGCUGCGGCGGAAUGCCCAGCGAUAUGUCCUGGCGAAUCUGAGGUUCCAGAAUGCCUCCAAUAAGACCGAUAUCAUUGAGCAGCAGAAGGUGAUGAAGGCGUUCCUUGAGCAUCUAAGGAAAGAUCCGCGAGAUAUUGUCAUCGACGUUGUGAGGGCGAUUGAGAGGGACGUUAUUCAGGACAGUGCUCUUCCACGGACCACGAAGACGAAGUUCUUCAGCCGAUAUAACCUGGAGCGGCUCGUCACUCUCUACGGCUAUGACCGGGAAUCUGAGCAGGAAAACACAACUGAUGUGUCACUUGCUGACGAGAUCCAUAAAAUCCUCAUGACCGUCUGCACCAAAACCGAGCAUGGAGUCUUGCUCUCUGAAACAGGCUGGUAUCCCAAUGGAAGUGACCCCGAGUCGCUUCCUGCGGACGAUGAGGCAUCUAUCGACCUGGGACUCGACUCUGCGGUUUAUGUGGACAAGUACCGAGAGUCCGUGCCUAUCCGGAACGGAAUUCUGUCCUACCUAAUUCAGGUCCUUCGGCCCGACUCCGACAGUCUCCAGAUUGAGCUCUUGCUAGCGAUCUUCAAAGCAGCGCCGGAGCUGGUCGCUGACUAUUUUACCAAAAAGUCCAUGUUCAUGGCCGAUCCGAAACCGACGCCGGCGUGGUUGGCAGAGUCUACUGUCCUUUUCUCGACGGUUACCCUGCCUGUUCUCAGGAACUGCGGAUGGAAGGACAAGCUACCCGCCAUGCCACCGCCAGUCUCGGUGGUCAUCGAGAGCAUCCUACCCCGUCCGCUUACACAGAAGGUUCUGUCUCGCUGCCUGAAUAUGAACGCGGAGAUUAUCACGCUCUUCGCCGUCAGGAUCCUGUCACUUUCAUUCACUAAACUGCGGGCAGUCCUCAAAAUCUUCCGCGCCGAUCACGGAGUCAGCCAAUCACUCUGGACGCAGGCUGCGGACAAGUUGGUCGUGGAGUUCUGUCACCGAUGCCCCUUGGUCAAGGAUGUUUUGACUCUGUUCCGAAGAACAGCCAAGGACGACCUGCAGCAGCAAGAUGCGGUCAUGGAGAUGCUUGCUUGCUUCUACGAAGUCAUCCCGGAUGCUGCUCUUGAGGAGAGUUUCGACGUUUCGCUGGUUCUUGUUGAUCUGCUGAAGCGGCUGGAUGAGGGGAAUCUUGAUGCGGAUGACACUGAGCUCUUGCUCAGCCAACUGCAGAAUAUCCUCAAGAUUGCUCAACAGUCAGCGUCUCUGCGUUGGUGGCAACAACCUGGAUCCAUGAAACUCUCCGCUUUCACAUCCAUUUUGAAGGUCUGCAUCAAUGCCGCCUCCAAGGAAUCACUCAGCGAGACCAACAAUCUCCUCAAAAAUGUCCUUGCUGAAUCCUCCGUCAUUCUCCCCUCGUCUUUCUCCGCGCUUUUGUCAAGCUUCGACUCAUCAGAUUCCGAAACACUCCAGCAUCAGCUCGCCUUCUUCGAUAACUGCGCGUGCCGAAUAGUGAAAAAGCCUGUCCAUUAUUACGAUCUACUCGGAUCUCUGUUUGAAUCAACCCAAUCACUCAGUCCUCUUGUGGCGGCUACAGUCGAACAGUGGCCGUUCAUCUUCAAAGCUGGAAAUGCAAGCGCUGAGAGGGCUGUCGCUGAAUAUGUGGCUAGCUUGCUUGCGAAGCUUGGCUCGGCAGGUGAGGAUCUGCGAGGUUUGAAGGCUGCUCGUGAUGCUUUGGUCGAUGCCACGGAGGACAAGAAGCUUAGAUCGCGAGUGAAGAAGGCUUUGAAGGGCGUUGAGGAGGUCGAGCAGGAUGUUGAGAUGAAGGAUUCUGAAGCAUCCAAGCAGACUGUCUCGGACUCGAAGAAAGACAAAUACGAGGUGGAUCUUGAAGAGAUGUUUGGCGCUCUACCUGUCGAGGGUACUACUCACAAUGAACUCUACCGAUGGGAGCAGAAGGAGUUGGAGGUUUCUUUGGAACAGGGCCGAAUUUCAGAACUCUUCCUUUGCUUGUGCUCUGAGCACGAAGAGGUUCGACGCCAGGCGCUGCCGAGUAUAUCGCGCUUCAUGUCGAAGCUGAAGGAAUCCAGCUACCCUGAAUGGCGAACCGCCUAUACUCUUUCAGGAGAACUGCUCGAAACAGUGAAACAGAUCGGACUCGACUCGCCUGUGCCUUGGAUCGUAGGCGAGUGUGCUGCCAACUGUCUCUCUGUUCUCUUGGAUCCUAUGCAUAAGCUCUACGGAAAGGUCAACAAGUUCCUCCAAAAGGCCCCUUCAUGGGAGGUAGAGAAGAUUCCCUCGUACUGGAUCGAUAAGAUCUUCCUGCAUGAGCCGGAAUUGGACGACGGAUAUUUCGAGGAAAUCAGCUGGUUACUGGAUCUGCUCAGAAAGGGCCUCCGCACGGAAAGAGAUAUGGAAAUCUACCGCCGAGCCAACGUUUUCGAGCGAGUACUGGCCUUCUACGAGUCCCCGAGCGCCGGCUUCUCCGCGAAGAGAAAAGUGCUGCACCUUGUCUACCGGGCGGUCCAAGUCCAAGGGAGCACAACGCUUAUCACGCGAGCGGGGAUCAUCAGCUGGAUACAGUGUCAGCUCCCAGAGGUGACUGGCAGAGACGCCUCGGUUCUCACGGUCAUGGCGCAGUCGUUAUAUGAAUCUUCGGACCGCGACCGGGCGGAGACGUGGAGUGGAGGGGCAGUGUCACGCGCUGUUGAACACAUCACUGUGUAG